CUGCCUGUGCCUCUUGCAGGGUUCCCUUCCCCGGCACCCAUGCGCCGGGCCCAGAGCUCCCUCUGCCUGCGGGAUGAGACCUUGGCAGGCGGGCAGCGGCGGAAACUCAGCUCAAGGUUCCCGGUGGGCCGAAGCUCUGAGUCAUUCAGCCCUGGGGACACCCCUAGGCAACGAUUCCGACAGCGCCGUCCAGGGCCCCUGGGGGCACCCAUCUCCCACAGCAAAGGACCUGGUGUGGGAUGGGAGAACUCCGCUGAGACCCUCCAGGAGCACGAAACAGAUGCCAACCGAGAGGGCCCCGAGGUACAGGAACCGGAGAAACGUCCCCUCACCCCAUCCCUCAGCCAGUGACACCAUGGGGACAGCAGGAUCGGGAGUGCAGCCCUCUUGCCGCUGGAGUGUCAGCGGGGGCCCCAGGCAGCCCAAGAGCUCAGGGAGCCAGGGCCCCCAAGGGGAGUCCUUGGACAAGGAGGCCUGGGCCUGGAGAUCCUCCAUGGUCGGUGCCGGGGCCCGGAGGUGGAGCUGGGACAAGUGUGUGGACAGGGGGGACAGCUGGUCCCCACGAGUGGCUCUAGGCCGGGAUUCUGGCUCUUCCAGGUGGCUCCCGCUGAGGCAGCGGUCUCUGGGGGAUCCCCCAGCUGAAGGAGGCUGGCAGGAGUAGGCAAGAGAGCCCCCUGCCCAGUCCAGGCAGGGAGCUGAGUCCCACUGCCGGGGGAUUGUGGCCUGGGCUGAUCUUGAGCCUCAGCUGGACAUGAGGGGCAUGAGAAUAAAGCUGAACUGCAGCCUUCUGA